GUCGUUUUUGGAAUUCAAUAGUAUAGACAUAAGCUGCAGUUGCACCAAAUAUGUGAGCCAAGUGGAUGUCGUGGAUCUCGGGUUCAAAUCCCCCUGAGCCCAACAACUAGUGGUGGUGGUAGUUUUCACUAUUCUGGUGAUGUCAUCAUCUUGCCGUCAUGUUGCUCAGCCCGCGCAGGAGCUGUCCACGGUAGGGCAGAAGCUGAUAGAGGAAGUGAAUGACCUCUGGCUAUGGAGGUGGAGGUAUAGAUAUGGUCAUAAUUAUGGUGGAAGCUUGCUAGCUAUGGUGGCACUUGUCUUCUCUCAAGGUAAGUAUGUGGUUAUGUGCGAGGACUAUAAGCUCAGGGAACCAACCCACGAGGUCAUGGACAUGGUUGUUCAAGCCCGCCAUCAACUGACUGGAUACACUGGUCAUAUUCACGGAGCCCAGCAUGUAUUUGCUGAAUCGUACGGGCACAAGACAAGACGACUGCGCGAGCAUCCAAAAGAUUACACGUCCGAUUCUUUGAUCGACUUUGCCGACGACCGCCCAAAUGCAAGGCCCUAUGAGGUGCCGCCACUACUUCACUAUGAGCAAGACGAGCCUCAGGUCUAUCAUUUCAGAGAUCCUGACGAAGAUCAUUGAGGCGAAGUUUCCGUGAAAACUCUGAUCCAUCUGUCAGUGAGGGCCUCAUGCCCCCACGCACCUAACACGAGUGAG